GUACCCAAUCAUUCACGACUGGUACUUGGAAUUUGUGACGGCUUCUGUACCAGUAUGCACUCGUGUUGGCGGAAUCUCCAAAUGCCUUAACCAUACGCCAACUUGUGUCGAUGGUCGACAAUCUUCAAGAUUGAGCUAGAUGUGACGAUCAGUGGCUUGAGGUCAAUGACGUCGCCGGUUCAAAGUCAAACCGUCAUCACAGCUACUAAGACGCUAUAUACCUACGGGGACACAUAAUAUACUGAAGACUGUUGUGAAAUAUUCAAGUUGGGUUCGAUUGCAUUCAUUGUGGGUUUUCAACAGCAUCACGUCGCCUAAUGGCUCAGAACUCCUUCGACCGCGAUAUUGAAAGAGACAGCGCCGAACCGAUGGCUUCAAAUGAUAAUUCUACCUGUGCUGGACGCAAGCGUGUGCUUGUCGUGGGAGCUGGUGCCGCUGGUAUGUCCACGGCGUAUCACCUCUCGCAGCAUCGCGACAAAUUUGAUGUGACCGUUAUUGAUGCGGUAGACUAUUGCGGCGGGCAGGCAUUUUCUAUCCCCUUGGAUAAGGACCGAUAUGGUGCAUCGUGGUGCAAUCAAGGUGUUCAGGGUGGCUCCUACAUCUUCCAUCACACGUUGACUAUGUUCCAACGGCAGGGUUUCCGUGCCGACCCUGUCGAACUUCAAGUAUCGUUUGGCAUGGGCGACACCUUCUGGUCAAACGUCUUCCCAACUGUACUUCUCGUCCGCCAUCAGAAAGAGGUGAAGCGGCUUGCCUCGGUACUUAAGUUGAUGCGCUGGUUCGAGGUGUUCUUUGCGCUGCUCCCCCUCCGCCUCGUCUUCAAGCUGUUUCUUUUCUCGGAUGACUUCAUCAAUACCAUCGCUCUUCCCAUGACGGCGCUCUUCCUUGGUACUGGCAAUGCAACCCCUGAGGUUCCUGCCAUCAUGUUUGAACGGUUGUGCACGUCACCUACCUACGGCAUGUGGUAUCCAUCAGACAAAAAUUCCGUGGUGCACAAUAAACCACCGAUGGUCGUCUUUCCAAACUUCACCGAGUUUUACAAUACUUGGAAGAUGGAUCUUAUUUCUCGUGGCGUCACCGUGAGACUCUCCACAGAGUUGACUGAAAUUGUCCAACGAGGAAAAAAGGGAGUCGUCGUCAGACUUAAGGCUCGUACACCCGCGCCCGAUGGACAUAAUCCCAAUGAUGGUGAUCAGGAAGUUCCACCCGGCGAGGAGGUUUUUGAUGAGAUAGUGCUUUGUUGCCUCGCAGACACGGCCAAAAGAGUCCUCGGUAGAACGGCAAGCUGGAAGGAGAAAAAGGUGCUCGGCUCUGCGAAAUUCAGUGAUGAUAUCACCAUCACGCAUAACGAUUCGGAGUAUAUGCAGAAACAUUACGAGAAUUUCUACCGCGAAGACCUUGCUGUUACCAAUACUAACGGUGUUGACCAAACAUCCCGCCUCAACUUCGCCAUGGACAGCUUCCGACCUAUGUAUUACAUCAAGAUGUACCAGGACGACAAAUCUAAGCUGGAGAUGUGUUUCGAUACCACCAACUAUCAAAGUCAAUUUCCCGAAAAAGUACCGUUUGAGCAGCAUGUCUUCCAGACGAUCUACCUCAACAAGGGCCGAGACGGCAAGUUGUGGACCGACAACGAGAUCAAAGAAGACAAAAUCAUUAGGAAGGAUUGGUGGCACCAGUUAUGCCACAGCUACACGCACUAUCUAUUCGUUAUCCCCUUCAUGAUGUUUCUCCAAGCCAAAAACCACACUCGGUUUGCCGCUUCGUGGACACUGGUCAAUGCACACGAGGUUGCCGUCAUGUCAGGUAUUGCAGCUGCCGUCGAUCUCGGCGCGGAGUAUCCUGAGGAUCUCGAGCAUGACAAGUUUGCUUUGCUGUGCUUCAGACUGUACUAUUUGCUUGCAUACGGAAAGUGGUAUAAACGCAGAUAUACCAAGGGCAAGGGAGCUUCUUUGAGCCAGAGCGCAAAGGAGGGUUCAAGCUGGGCAUCGGGCUUGUAUGGCAGUGUCUACAAAGGCCCGGGCGUCUCCACGAUGGAGAGACAAACUUGGAGAGAGGAAAUCAAGAAAGGGAAUAGCACUGAGAACCUUGCAGAGAAGAAUGCACCUGGGCGAAGCCAGCCGUAAUCGUCAAGUGUCGACAACCAUCAAAUGAUAUGUGUACAAUGGAGUGGUAUUCAAUAUCAUACGAGGAUUUUCCAGAAAUGGAAAUACGGGUGUCAUAUUAGCCAAUCAUAUCAGGGAAGAUCGUCGGCGGCAACUGCUUAACGAGGUUUAGCUUCGGGUCACGUCUAGCCUGGACCAGUUUAUCGCGAGUUACAGUCAGGCUCCAAAAGUCUGGGGACACUCCACUUUUACUACAGCGCUCUUUAGGGG